AGUUUCAUUUGGAAAUCCAAAUGGACACAACAAUCCAAAUUUUGAUUGAUGAAAUAGAAUUCUUGCUGGAGGCAUAGACAGUAAUUACUGGCAAUAUCGUCCUUAUAACUCCAAUAUGACAUAUUUAACGUCAUGGGAAGAGUUUUCAAAAGCAGCUGAACGCUUAUAUUUGAAUGACCCGCAAAAGUGCCGGUUUGUUAUCAAGUACAGACACUGUGAUGGGAAAUUGAAUGUGAAGAUAACAGAUGAUCAUGUGUGCUUUCAAUACCGAACAGAACAUGCUCAGGAUGUGAAGAAAUUAGAAAAACUGACAAAUCAGUUGAUGAGACAUAUGGCAUCAAAAGAAAAAUCCUAAUACUGUUCUACCAAAAGGAGAUAUGUGUUGUGUUUGAAUGUUGUACAUAAGUGUAAGCUGCAUCAUGUUAGACAGAUAUACAGAAACAAGAAACCUGUAAAAGAAAUUUUGAAUCUUUUGUGAAAUAUACAUUAUUCUGGAUAUUGUGUCAAAUUUACAUUAUGGCAAUGGUUUAAAAUACAUAUAUUGUUUUUGUGAAAAAGUAAUUUUAAUGGAAAGGUCAUACAAACCUUUUGUAUCAGAUGAAAUGCAUGUACCAGUAAAUCAUUUUAACCAUUUCUUGUGGAAUGGAGAAAUUUACUCCAUAAUAUGUUUUCAAUUUGUCACAUUUUGUAAGAGGUCAAAAUUGUAGGUAGUUGUUUUAUCAGGUCUCUAACUUGUACAUAGUUUUGUCUUAGUUUAUAUUAUGUUACAUGUAUAUUUGGAUAAUGCAUCUGAAGAGAGAAUUGUAAUAGAAAGUCAGCAGUGUAAAAGCAAAUGAUUUCAGGUAUGGGUGAUGAGUGACGGAAAAUAAAAUACUUGAAAAUAAAAGACAAACUCUUCUUUUUUUAAAUUAAUAGAAACAUUAUUCUUAGUUGUUUUUAAAUUUAUGUACCCAUCGUUUGUUGAAAC